AUGAAUGCAGAUGAAGGCUCCCUCCAAGACUGUUUUGGUGAUGAUGACCUCGAAGAUCAACUUACCGAUAGCCAACUACGACCUGUUCGAAAGACACUCCCCUUCGUGCCCUUGACUGAAUGGGAUCCAGACCAACGAUACGACGACCAGCCUCCCUCUUAUGUACACUAUGCGCUUGAGUGGUUGAUGAACUUGAACAAUAGAAACGUCGCCAAGCAAACUGAGCAAGACAUCGUUCUAGCUCUAGGCGACUUCUGGGAUCAUACCCUCUGGCCGGAGCUGGAGAGAUUAGUAGAGAAAAUAAGAUCUACGUAG